AUGAACAGCAGGGAUGGUGACAGUCCCGUGCCAAAACAGGCGCACCGGGGACAAAGACAGCCCAAGGCGCAUAAGGUUUUCAGCAUGAAGAAGAAUCGAACCCCAUCGAGUGUGCAAACCAAAGAUGCCCCUGGCUCAUCCAGGUCAACCGGGACUAUCCGGCGCAUCGUGGGCAAAGGGAAUGAGAUGAAAUCGGAGAAAGGGACGUGUACAGGAAAAGGCGCGCCAUCCGUUACCGAGUGCCAAAAGAAUCAAAGCACACCUAGGAAACUAUCUGAUGCCAACAAUGGUUCGGAGGAUUUGAGCAAGGACUCAGAUUGCGUCUCGGGGAAGCUAUCAUCCUCGGACAGCAGUUCUGAAAUUUCUGACUGCACGGAGGGAUUUUUGACUGCAUCAGAGGGAAACCAACUUUCUGCGGACACUCUGUCUCCAAGCAGCGAGACUGGGUCAUGUGUUCGAGACGGAGUGGCAAAUAGUGGCAGGUCGAGUGGGAAUGCUCUAAACAGUGUAUCCGAUAUGAGUACUGGAGGCAACCCAUUCACACGGAUAGGCCUAUCACAGGACAAUUCUAUCAUGCAUUCUGGUAGGGAUGGAAACCAUUCUCCUGGAAGUGGAGGGUCCCUUCUUGCAACCCUUCCCUCGCUGAAUGUCAGCGUAGCAUCCCUGUCUUAUUCAGAACUGACCGGGGAGCUCGUGGACGAGACGCUGGAGGAUCUUGUCAGAGAAAACGACGAUUUGAGAUCAGAAAAUGAGUAUUUGAAAGUAAGAUGAUUCACUUAAUUGGCAUGUCAUUACGCGUAACAGAUAGCCCUUUUAUUAUUUCACACAUUUCCUCAAGUCUAGGGGCUUGGCCCCCUUAUCAUAAAGAAAAAAAAGUUGAAUAUUGACUGAUUUGAAUAGAGUUGAAUACUGAAGUAGGCUAUUGAAACAACAACGCAGGCACGCUCGUGACAUUAAUUGUUGUCAGGGUUAGAGGGCCAGACUUUCCUUAGCAGAGCCGAUUAGAUAAGUUAUGUAAUUGGCCGUGUCAACCUUAAUUACUUACACGUGAUUGCAGGAGCAGCACGCUCAGGCAAGGAGCAUCAAAAGUCAUUAUUCACAGUGGUUGUGUAUCCCAACCUGGGUAGUUCAAGUUUGGGGUAAAUCAAAUACCGUAUAAGCCUGCACAUUGAUCUGGUACUGGUACUCCCAGUAUAUUGCUUUUUAAAACUGCAUCGUUAGAACGGGCAAAGUCUACAUUCGUUGUAUUCGGCGCAUGUCAUGUUAAAAUUAGAUUUGAUACACACACAAACAUUAGGAGCUUGACUAAGAAAAAAACGAUUUAAACAGUUCCACCUUCAGAACUGACACUUGGUUGUGCAUAAAGUAGCCUAAUAGAACCUAAUAAAGUAGUCUGAUGAUGAUGGCGAUGACAAUACUGUUGUUGAUGUUGAUGAUGCUGCUGCUGUUGAGGAGGCUGAUUGACAUUAUGUCUUUGGUGUCAUGUCCAGGAUGAGAUGGAGGAGCUGCGCUGUGAGAUGCUGGAGAUGCGGGACCUCUUCCUGGAGGAUGAGGUGUAUCAGCUGCAGGAGCUGCGGCUGCAGCUGGAGCAGGCCAAUAAGAUGUGUCGUAUCCUGCAGUACCGCCUCCGAAAGGCCGAGCGCCGCAGCCUCAGGGUGGCCCAGACUGGCCAAGUGGACGGGGAACUGGUCCGCUCCCUGGAACAUGACGUCAAG